ACAAUACAGCAGAAGAAGCCUAGCCCUAGCAGCAGGGUAUCUGAUGCUGUGCUAUGGGGUAACACCCUUCUUCUUAUUUUCCCCUCUGUCAACCCCUUUUGUCUCCAGUCUGCCUUAAUCUUGCAGACCACCUCUUACAUUUGCCUCCCCCUAACCGCCGCUCAACAUGCAAGGUUUCUAUUCCAAGCUCAACUCCUCCCCCUCUUCGUCCCCCCUGUUGGGGGCGGGUCUCAGAGCGGAUGGCGCUCGAGUGCCUCUCAGUUUGGCCGUGGAGACGGAGAAAGCCCAGGCCCUCCUACAAACGUUCAGCUCCGCCUCCCUGUUGGCUUCGGCAGGACUCGGGAUGUUCUGUGUGGUGGCAGAUAACACGCUUCAACUGUCUGGCAUCCAGCAGCAUCUGUGGCUGCGUGCAGUCUUGGACAGCGCCACGCAUGGAUUGGUGGGGCUGUGGUCGUGGGCUGUUGUGAUUGGACUGAGGAAAAAGAGUGAUUUCUAUGAGGUGCUGCUGGCAGGGCUUCUGGCAUCACUUAUAGACCUGGACCACUUCUACAUGGCUGGAUCACUUUCACUUAAGGCUGCAGUGUCACUUCCUCACCGCCCUCCCCUCCACUGUUCCUCCCUGAUCCCCGUCGUCUGCCUCACCCUCCGCUUCCUCAUGUGGAUCGGCCGCCUUAAAGACGCCUGGUGUUCCUUGCCAUGGAUGCUCUUCAUUUCCAUGACGUCUCACCACGUGCGGGACGCCGUGCGCCACGGCCUGUGGGUCUGCCCGUUUGGAAGCACCGCACCCGUCCCCUACUGGCUGUAUGUCAGCAUCACAGCGACACUUCCGCACCUGUGCUCUGUGCUCAUGUACCUGACGGGAACCAGGGACAUGAUCUCCACCAAACAUGGGGUGGCGAUCGACGUCUAGACGUCACGGACUCACAGGUGGUAUCAGUUAUCCCUGGAGGAAAAAAGCUCUUCUAAAUAACGUUUAAAUACUUGAAUUAACUGGAAAACAAUUUAUAAAACUUGAAGGAUUAGUAUUUAUUUUUAUUAUUAUUUAAGUGAGAACAGUUUAUGUAUUAUUGCAGUUUCAGUCAGGCAUUUACAGAGACACCAAUGGCCAUUUGGCUGGGUUGAUUGUUCAACAUUCAAAUUAAAAUAAUUUGGAAAAAACAAUAAUUGGAUGCACAAGUUUAAAUUUAUUGUUUACUUUUUUCAAUCCACAAAAACAUCUUUCUUUAAUACAUUCGCUCCUUUUAUAUUUUUUUUGUGUGACUAUAAAACAUUCAUCCCUCAGCACUUAGCUUGUCCACAUAUAUAUUUUCUUCUCUUUUGUAUUUUUCAGCAGAUGAUGCUCUCUUGAGGCCAAUUUAUGCUUCUGACGCAAAGCCUCUGAAACAGUUAAACCUGUCUCUGUGCGGUAUGACUUUCCGGCUGUCUGUGUGGUCGUCCUUCUCGAUUCGGUGCCGGGGCGCGCCAUCUUUAACCCUGUAAUGCCAAAUGUAUCAUAUUUAAUACAUACGGUUUCUGAAAUGUUUUGCG